GUGAUGAUGUAGGCGAGGGGUUUGUUUACUGCUACGUGUUCGGGAAGUGCUCGGCCGCCUGUGUGGCCCCGGUGCCCGGGACGAUGAGCUGGUUUAACGCCUCGCAGCUCUCCAGCUUCGCCAAGCAGGCUCUAUCCCAGGCCCAGAAAUCCAUAGACCGGGUGCUGGACAUCAAGGAGGACGAGAGCGCCUGGGCCGACUCCAUCAUACGGCCGCAAGACGAUGGCAGCGGUCCAUCGAUUAAAGGUAGUUGGGAAAACUCAAACUGGGGAGCAAAUUCCGACGACCCCCAAACACAAGUGUUGUUAUCGCCAACUGCAAUUACCAAGCCUCUCAGAAGGACUGUGGUGGACGAGUCUGAGAAUUUCUUCAGCGCUUUCCUCUCUUCGCCAGAGCCCAAUCCCGUCAUGUCUAGUUCUGUAGUGUCCAAAGCUCCCACCAAGUCUCCGAGACUCAAAGAAGAAGUUAAAAGGGCAUCACCCAGUUUGCCAUUCCAAGUCCAGCAGGACAAUGAUAUUAAUCUUCAGCCUCCAAUAGACAAUCAGGGUACAAAUGUAACGCAAAGUCAAGAUCUGCCAGAUGUGUCUCAAGAGAUAUCCCCUCCUGACAUCCCAGAGACGUCGGCAGAGGAGAAAUGUGACGUAGAAUAUAUGGACUCCAGUCCAGAGGACAGUUCUGGGCAUUUGAAGGACCAUGCGGUUCUUGAAAGCAAACCUGAAGCAGAAUCUACAAGUCCUUCGCCGGCGCCAUCUACGGAAAACAAGGACCUGUCACUGGAUACUAAAAUGCAAAAGCCAGAGGAUCGGCAAACCAAUACUCCAUCACCACCCAUAAGCACGUUCUCUUCUGGAACCUCGACGACCAGUGACAUUGAGGUGCUAGACCAUGAGAGCGUGAUCAGCGAGAGCUCCGUCAGCUCAAGGCAAGAGGUCUCUGAUUCCAAAACAAGCCUUCACUUAAUGCAGACGUCUUUUCAGCUUUUGUCCCCUUCGUCAGAAUACGGUCGCUUAGAUGACUUCCCCAAGCUCACCGAGAGCUGCUCUUCUUCCGAUGCGUUUGAAAGAAUAGACUCUUUCAGCGUCCAGUCCCUGGACAGUCACAGCGUGAGUGAAAUCAAUUCUGACGACGAGCUUCCAGGCAGGCAGUGCACGCUGGUCUCGAUUGCCGUUGCCUCUACCACUCCAACCUCUGAUGUCUCCACCUCCAUGGAGAGCAAAUCAGAUCAAGGUCCGAAUGAAACUCUUCUUGCGCACUCCACGGAUGACGUAGAAAUGGAGGAAAGCGGAAGGAGCGCCACCCCCGUGAACUCGGAGCAGCCAGACCUCCUCAUCGUCACCCCCCAAAUAGAUGAUGAAGCCGAAGAAGAAGCCAUCGGCCAAGGACCUCCGCCGAUCUCACACGUCUCUAUUCUUAAGCCGGAGGUUGACUAUUCUGCAGAAGAAAUACAAAAGAUGGUUGAAGAACUUACCACCAGGUUGGAGAAGAGAGAAACGCAGUUAUUAUCAGUGAGCAAAGAAAAGGCAUUUCUAGAGGAAGCUUACGACAACCUCAAAGAUGAAAUGGUAAGAGUUAAAGAAGAAUGCAGCAGCGUUUCCACGUUGAAAGACGAGUUUACGCAUCGAAUCGCGGAAGCGGAGAGGAAAGCUCAGCUCGCGUGUAAAGAGAGAGACCUGGCAAAGAAGGAAGUCAAGGUUAUAAAGGAGGAAUUAGCCACAAGAUUAAAUUCUAGCGAAACUGCUGAAAUAAUGCGGGAGAAGGACGAGCAGAUUCAAGGCUUAAUGGAAGAAGGAGAGAAACUCUCCAAGCAACAGCUUCACAACUCAAACAUUAUUAAGAAACUACGGGCGAAGGAGAAAGAGCACGAGCAGACCGGCGCUAAACAGGCAAAGAAGAUCCGCGCGCUGGAGGACGAACUGCAGCUGCUAAAGCAGACGUUGGACGGUAAGGAAGAGCUGGAGAAGCAGCACAGAGACAACAUCAGAAAGCUUAACGCGGUGGUGGAACGGCAAGAGAAGGACCUCGGCAAGCUACAGACCGACCUCGAGGAGUUCCAGGAGAAGAAUCGGAGCCUUCAGUCCGCUCUUGAUAGCUCUUACAGGGAGCUCGCUGAACUGCACAAAGCAAACGCAACCAAAGCCAGCAAGGCCCAGGAGGCGGCAUUGAGCUGCGAGAUUAAAGUCAAGGAAGAGAUGUAUCUGGCUGUAGAGAAAGCCAAGGAGGAGUCCCAGAAGCAGCAAGAGGCGCUAGCCAUCCAGGUGGCAGAUUUGAGGAUGGCGCUGCAGCGGGCAGAACAGCAGUCGGCGCGGAAGGAGGAUUAUCUGCGUCAGGAAAUCGCUGAGUUACAGCAGAGACUGCAGGAAGGCGAGAGUCGGAGCCAGGAGUUGAGUCAGAGCGUCACAUCUGCCACCAGACCGCUGCUUAGACAGAUCGAGAACCUUCAAGCCACGUUGGCCGCCCAAACGUCGUCUUGGGAGAAGCUGGAGAAGAAUCUCUCCGACAGACUCACUGAGUCCCAAACGCUGUUGGCAUCUGCUGUAGAAAAAGAGCGAGCUUGCACGGAGGAAUUGCUCGCCGUCAAGACGCAGGUCUCCGCCGUCGAGUCUCAGAACAGCCUGCUGAGACAGGAGAAAAGCCGGUUCCAGGCGCAGCUGGAGGCAGAGAAAGCGCGGCUGUCGAAGCUCGAGGAAGAGCACAGUAGGAAUCAAGUGGAAUUGGAAAAUCUGAUGACAGAGUACAAGAAAACCGUGGAAGAAGCAAGAAAAGAAAAGACGCUGCUAACCAGUCAGCUGGAGAUGGAAAAGAUGAGAGUGGAGCAGGAGAAGAAGAAAGCCAUGGCGGCUGUAGAGGCUGCUAAAGAGAAGGAGCGUAAAUUAUACGGUUUUCCUUCCGCCGAGGCAGGAACUGCUACCCCUACCCUGUCCCGAUCCAGCUCCAUCAGCGGAGCGGACUUCUCCGGUCUGCAGACCUCCUUCAUAUCGCAGGAAGAUCCACACGAGCAUUCAUACGGACCAAUGACCAUGUCUGUUAGCGGGAGCAAUACUUACGAUGCAGUGAGGAUGGGCGCAGGAUCCAGCGUGAUGGAAAACUUACAGUCCCAGUUAAAGCUACGAGAAGGAGAGAUUACACAGCUGCAGAUGGAGAUUGGAAGUCUGGAGAAAACCCGCUCAAUACUUGCCGAAGAAGUGGUUAAAUUAAACAACCUAAACGAUGAUCUGAUGGAGAAAGUGAAGGAAAUCCCAAAACUGCGAGUUCAGAUGAGGGAUUUAGACCAGAGGUACAACACCAUCCUUCAGAUGUACGGCGAAAAAGCGGAGGAGGCCGAGGAACUCAAACUGGACCUGGAGGACGUGAAGGUCAUGUACAAGACCCAGAUAGACGAACUCUUAAAGCAGAGACUCAACUAGUUCCCGUCGCAGUUCAAAACAAAAGCCUCUAAAUUAACCCUUGAAAU